CCUCAGAGGGCGGUUCUCCUGUAGCGCACAUCGCGCGCGCCUUUUCAGCUCAAGCCAGUCGGGUCGAGCAGCGCGCGGACUCCGUCUCGAGUUUUGUCCGUGAUGCGGCGGACAGACGCGUCGGUGUUUCCCCCAGUCUGCUCCUGGCUGCAAUGAGGACAGCGGACAACCUUCCUCAAGUCGCGUUUAAAACCGAAUAAAUAGACACGUUUGGAAGAAGAACUGUUGUGAAACUUUAUCCGAGGAGAGAGAUGGCGUCCAUCGGGGAGUUCGACCCCCUUCACACCAGCGUCCCUGCUACUAAAAUAGAAGUGACCGUUUCGUGCAGAAGCCUGCUGGACGUGGACACGUUCUCCAAAUCUGAUCCGGUUGUUGUCUUAUACGUGCAAGGAAUUGGGACAAAGGAAUGGAGAGAGUUUGGAAGGACCGAAAUGAUCGAGAACACCCUGAAUCCUGACUUUGUGAGGAAAUUUGUUUUGGAUUACUUUUUCGAGGAGAAGCAGAACCUCAGAUUUGAUGUGUAUAAUGUGGACUCUAGAAGUUCAAAUAUCUCGAAGCAUAAAUCCUUCCUGGGCCAGACUUUCUGCACUCUGGGAGAGAUCAUUGGCUCGUCUGGAGCUCGUCUGGAGAGAGCGCUGUCGGGUAUUCCGGGCAAGAAAUGUGGGAGCAUCAUAUUUACAGCGGAGGAGCUUAGCAAUUGCAGGGAUAUUGCCACCAUGCAGCUCUGUGCCAACAAGCUGGAUAAAAAAGAUUUCUUCGGGAAAUCUGACCCUUUUCUGGUGUUCUAUCGCAGCAACGAGGACGGCACGUUCACCAUCUGCCAUAAAACAGAGGUGAUCAAAAACACUCUGAAUCCAGUGUGGCAGCCCUUCACCAUCCCUGUACGAGCUCUGUGUAACGGAGAUUAUGACAGAACAGUUAAAGUCGACGUCUACGACUGGGACCGAGAUGGAAGUCACGAUUUUAUUGGCGAGUUCACCACCAGCUACAGAGAGCUGUCUCGGGGCCAGAGCCAGUUUAACGUCUACGAGGUUCUCAAUCCUAAAAAGAAGGGCAGGAAAAAGAAAUACAUCAACUCUGGCACAGUGACGCUUUUGUCCUUCAAAGUAGAAUCAGAGUACACUUUUGUGGACUUCAUCAGGGGCGGGACUCAGCUGAACUUCACAGUAGCCAUAGACUUCACUGCUUCCAACGGUAACCCAGCCCAGCCCACAUCUCUCCACUACAUGAGUCCGUAUCAGAUGAAUGCCUACGCAAUGGCUUUAAAAGCAGUUGGUGAAAUCAUUCAGGAUUACGACAGCGACAAACUCUUCCCCGCUUAUGGCUUUGGGGCUAAAAUCCCUCCUGAUGGAAAUGUCUCACAUGCCUUUCCUCUGAACUCAGACUGCGAGAAUGCUAACUGUGUGGGAAUUGAGGGAGUUCUGGAAGCGUAUUACGAAUGUCUGCGAACGGUGCAGCUCUACGGCCCCACCAACUUUGCUCCUGUCAUCAGCCAGGUGGCAGAGGCCGCAGCGGGCGUAACGGACGGCUCGCAGUAUUUUGUGUUGCUCAUGAUCACAGAUGGCGUCAUCUCCGACAUGGUGCAGACUAAAGAGGCCGUGGUCAAUGCUUCCUCCCUGCCCAUGUCAAUCAUCAUUAUUGGAGUGGGGCCUGCCGAGUUUGAUGCGAUGGAGGAGUUGGACGGUGAUGAGGUGCGGGUGUCCUCCCGGGGUCGUGAUGCAGAACGGGACAUUGUUCAGUUUGUGCCGUUCAGGGACUACAUCGACCGCUCGGGAAAUCAGGUGUUAAGCAUGGCUCGUCUGGCCAAGGAUGUACUGGCUGAGAUCCCAGAGCAGCUCCUGUCUUUCAUGAAGAGUCGUGGCAUCGACCCCAGGCCUGCUCUGUCCCACUCCCCUACACCACAUAUCCACGUACAUCUCUGAUCCUAGAUCCAGCUCCUGUUCACACUACAGAUUAAUGGAUAUACUAACUUUCCCAUGACUGAAAUAUUAACUGUAUAAUAUAGUCUAGUUGGAUGUGGUUACAUCAGCCUUUGAUGGUAAUAGUCACCAUGUUUGUCAUCGGUUUUCACUUACUCAGGUUAUAAGUAUUGUCUUGUCUUUAUUGGCUGUAUGACAUCACUGUAUAUCACCUUCAAAUUCUCUGUAAACUGUAGAUGUACGUCCAAGAUGGAUGGUUUAACACAUGCGCAUUUCAUGUCUUUAACAUGUAGUGCAGCACCUUGCAAUUAUUUAUUUUAUUCCCUAUAACCUUCCUCAGCUGUGUUCACUCUUACAGUACCAUCUCUCACACUCUCUGUCUUUGUUUUUCUUUUUCUCUUUAAACAGAUUGCAAACUCGUAUACAUUCGGCCUUUACCCGUCCACAAAGAACCAGUGGUGUAAAUAAGUGCAGCAUUUUCUAACUGAAGGGUUUUUUUUUUUUUACAGAAAUGAACCAGGCAUUGUUGAGAAAAGAAGAACUAGGGACAUUGUUUAGUCUUGAAGGCACAUAAUAACCCUGAUGAGUUUUCCCACAUUUACUUUAUAUGAAUGUCUUCACCAUUAUUUUUACAUUCAGUUACAAAUGAAGUUCGGUUUAACGCUGGGCAAUGUCCAUGGCACAAGUUAGUUAUUUGUGAUAUAACAGGUAUAAAAAGUGGUUCUCAUCAGCCUCUUGUUUUCUCACAAGGCAAAAAAAUGUCAUGUUACUGAGAAACUGUCAAGCGCAAAAUCAUCUACCCCGAACACGUUCCCCAGGCAGAAAUACUUAAAAGCUCGGUUUACUGUCUGACUGUCAAGAAGCGCUGACGCAGGAGUCUGCAAGAAGCUUCACCCGAAUGUCUUCAUUUGUUUAACUGCUAAACUUAAGUUAUGCAAGACCUGUUCAUGUUUGUGGCAUGGUAACAUUUCACACUGAACAAUACUGUUGCAUAAAUAAUAGGUAUCUAACCAGGAAUGAGCAAACAGUCUGAUUAUUAUUUUAACUAAAAUAAUCAAUAUUUAUUACUUAUGAUACAGGGAUAUUAUUGACCUGAUUUCUCUGUAUGCCUUGUCUGGAUAAAUGACAACACUACACUGUAACAUGUACUGUAUGUUAGAGACUGAGAU